AUGCUCUCCUCCAGUUUCUUGGGCUUGGUCCUGGCGACCACUGUUAGUGCUGCUCCCUUCCAUGGACUGAACAGCACCAAGUGGACUCCGGAGCACAUCCUUCAGCCGGACGAGGUCAUCCUCUACGGUGAAGGUCGCAUGGAGGUCGUCCAUGAGAGCGUCUAUCACAGCCUCAUCGCGUCCGACGGCAUUUCCGAGGACAUCCCAGAAGUCCCCGAAGCCUUCCCUGCCCCCUCCCACUCCUUCAAGGCUCCCAAGUCCAGUAACGACGACUCUCUCUCGAAGCGUCAGUGUGACUUGACCACGGCUGUCGUCACAGACCGCUCAGAGACCUUUGUCGACUGGGACGUGCAAAUGUCCCCUGUCAUCAUCGGCACCGGCGAUGGCAUCACCGUCUCCGUCACCUCUGGCUACAGUGUCAGCAACAGCGUGAGCGUCAGCGGUGGUGCAGACUGGACUGUCGUCAAGGAUAAGCUUGGCCUAUCUUUUGGUGUCGACUACAGCCGCACUUGGACCUCCUCUGCGAGCAUCAACAUUGCUGCCAAGGUUGCUGACGGUUACUCGGGAGUCAUGAUCACCAAGCCCAUCAAGACUAGAAAGUAUGGCAGGGUCUUGAAGGGCUGCAUUGGCUCUCAGACUGAGUCGGGUACCUUCUCUGCUGAUUCCUUUGAGGAGAAGGAGUAUGCUGGUAUUAAGUGGGUUUCUGGUGCCAUUACUCUUUGCUCCAAGAAGGAAUUUCCUCUUUCUCGUUGCACUGGAAGCGGCAACUUUGUCUAA